GCCUAAUAAUAUUUCAGGUUAAGUGAGAUGGCAGGUAGGCGACUUACUGACAAUAACCCAAACAUAGCAGAUCUGAGUGAUUUAAAUAGACCAACAAAACUGGCAGAAAAGUACGCCGAGUUGUAUGACAAUGAUUGGACAGAUGCAUAUUCAUAUCUGGAAACUUUAGAUGCGUAUAAAGGUUCAGAAGUGACAGUGAUAGCCGCAUUAAUGACAAUGCUUACAACAGCAUACAAAAUGUCGUUGGAAACUUCAGAAAGCCAGUUAGAGACAUUGCAUCAUAUUCUCAGCGAUUUUCAAGGGUCUAUACAACAUCAAGAUCAACAAGUAAAAGGUGUCAUAAAGCAAUUGAAAGAUCAGAGAAAACGGGCCGUCCAGCCUAGCAAAGUUUUAACAGAGAAAUACCGAAAGGAAAUUGAAAAGGCGUUUCCCAAACUUGAUUCAUCAAUUUUUGAAUCUGAUGCGUUGAAGCCCUACCUUCAAAAAUGUUUAGAAUUGUGUUGGUUGAUGGCAAUCCAAGACCCUCCGGUUCAUUUGAAAUGUGAUGGUUGCAAAAAAGGUGAACUAUUUGAUAAAAAUAUGUAUAAAGAGUAUACACAAGCUGGUCCGUUAAUAAAAUAUACUGUCUGGCCUGCUGUGUUCUUGGAGAAGGACGGUGCUCUCCUUUGUAAAGGUGUUGUGCAAUGUGACAAGCGGCUGACCAGUUCCCUUCGUGUAGCGCAAGUGAAAACUUCCAUUCCAGUGUCAAGGAAAUCAUCUUCCUUACGUGCAACUGGAACCCAGCCGCUAACAACAUUUCCUGCAAAAGACGACAUUAGUGAUAAAAUCGACGGGGGAACGACCAUGGAAACGAAGAGAGAUCAUUCAGAAAGACGAAACUCAAAAACAGUAGUUGUAAAAUUAUGAAUCUUGCAAUAUUCUUCUGAAGUAUAUUCCGUAUCCUGACACUAUCUAAAUAUAUACAUGAUGUAAUCAGAGAUGAUGUAAUUCGGCAAAUUAGACGCUCACGGGGACGCAUGAGCCAUACACGCAAUAAAGUUUUAUGAUAUAUA